AGACGGAGCGAGCGAGGCGGCGGGUGCUGUUGGCGGAGUGAGUGCCAUGCUCUGGAGUGCUUAGCUUUCUAACAUGGCAGAGGAAGGUGGAAACGAAGAAGUGAUUGACUUGAAUAGUUUCCGGAGCCACCGAGGGAAAGAUAGAAUAAACCACAGAGACGAGGCGCUCAUCACCAUAUCCGACUCCUCGGAUGAAGAAUUGCCUGUGAUGCUGGACAUUCCUGUUCGCCGGCAGUGGGAGGACGAGGAAGACGACGAUGUAGUCAUACUGAUGGAGACAGGAGCCAAGAAGCUUCAGCGCUCCAACGUGAUCAGACCAGCGGCUCCCUGGCAGAGCGCGAGCAAGUUGGGGGAAGGAGGAUCCAAGGGCGAUGUGUUGCCAGGGCCCCACGAUGGACAGAAGGCGAGGACCCCUCCCUCCCCGAAGCUGCCUGGUGCUUGGCAGAACUGCGCAAAGGCCGCUGGCGUGGUGCUGGGACGGCAGGAAAGCGAGAACGAGGUCUUGGAACUGCCCCAAACCCCAGAGCCUGUUGGGCCAAGGGGGAGCGGCGAUGGCGCUGUUCCGGAGCCUGGUCCCAGCGUGGCUCGGACGAGAGAGCCGAGACCCGGCGGCGAGAAGGAGGUCAUCAACUUGGAGGAGGCCUUGCCCACUGAUGAGGAAGGGCAGGAGCAGAGGGAGCGAGAGCUGCAACCGAGGCUAGCACCGCCGCCCGGAGGGACUGUCCGGUGCAUCCAGGAGAACAUGCGGCUGGACCACCCGUACUUCCAGCCCGCUGAGAAGGACGCAGGCCCCGUGGUCAACCUCAUUUCUCCUCAGCAAGGGCAGCGGGACAUGGACCUGGGCCCGCUGCCCAGGGCGUACCAGGAGGAGAUCCCUGGGCCUGCCUUUCCGAGGCCGGAGCCUCCGCAGGACGGGAUCCCAGGCCCCGCCUCCCCACAGCUGGCUCACCCACCGGAAGAAGAGGGAGGCGGGCAGCAGGAAACGGUCAAUGAGCAGGCAGGCCCCUCUUCGCCAGCCCGAGGCCCCCCAGAUCCUGGUUCCGGCGACGUUCCCAAGCAGGACACUGCUCCUCAGCUCGACAAAGACCUCUUUGCUCUUCUCAUCAGGGAAACGGAAGCAAGGUUCCCAGAUGCAACCAGAGAGUAUAUUGAGGAUCUAAUACAGAAUGAAAACUGCUGUGACUUAAACAUACUUUGUAAUUUUCUUCUGGAAAAUCCAGAUUAUCCAAAGAAGGAAGGCAGAGUGGUUUUAAAUCCAAAUAGCAGCCUUCUCUCCAGCCCAGAUGAGACAAAGGUGCCUAAAGUGGACUACUUUGACUUCUCCAAACUUGAACCGCUUGAUCAGCGCUGCUUUAUCCAAGCGGCUGAUCUCCUCAUGGCCGACUUCAAAAUGUUGAGUAGCCAGGACAUCAAGUGGGCGCUGCAUGAGCUCAAGGGACACUAUGCAAUCACACGAAAGGCCUUUUCGGAUGCCAUCAAAAAAUGGCAAGAACUGUCUCCUGAAACCAGCGGGAAGCGGAAAAGGAGGAAAGAAAUGAACCAGUAUUCCUACAUAGACUUCAAAUUUGAGCAAGGCGACAUGAAAAUAGAGAAGCGCAUGUUCUUCUUGGAGAACAAGAGGAGGCACUGGAGGAGCUACGACCCACGCGCUCUCCUGCCAGCCGUGCAGCUGGAGCAGGAGUUCUACGAGCAGAAGAUCAAAGAAAUGGCAGAGCAUGCAGAUUUUCUGCUCGCCCUGCAGGUAAACGAGGAGCAGUAUCAAAAAAAUGGCCAGAUGAUCGUGUGUUGCUGUUGCUACGGGGACUUUGCAUUUGAGGAGCUGACGCAGUGUGCGGAUGGACAUUUGUUUUGCAAGGAGUGCCUCAUCAAGUACGCUCAGGAAGCAGUCUUUGGCUCUGGCAAGUCGGAGCUCAGCUGCAUGGAAGGGAGCUGCGCGUGCUCAUUUCCAACCAGUGAACUGGAGAAAGUGCUUCCGGAAAACAUCCUGUGUAAAUACUAUGAGCGGAAAGCAGAGGAGGAGGUGGCUGCUGCCUGUGCAGAUGAGUUAGUCAGGUGUCCCUUCUGCAGCUUCCCAGCUCUGCUGGACAAGGAUGUGGAGCGGUUCAGCUGCCCCAACCCUCGAUGCCGGAAGGAAACCUGCAGGAAAUGCCAGGGCCUCUGGAAGGAGCAUAUGAACCUCACCUGUGAGGAGCUGGCCGAGAAGGAUGACAUAAAAUAUCGAACAUCUAUAGAAGAGAAGAUGACAGCAGCUCGCAUCAGAAAGUGCCACAAGUGCGCAACCGGCCUGAUAAAAUCCGAAGGCUGCAACCGCAUGUCGUGCCGCUGUGGCGCCCAGAUGUGCUACCUCUGCCGAGCCGCCAUUAAUGGGUACGACCACUUCUGCCAACACCCCCGAUCCCCAGGGGCUCCUUGUCAAGACUGUGCAAAGUGUUCCCUCUGGACAGACCCCACGGAGGAUGACGAGAAGAUAAUCCAGGAGAUUCAGAAGGAAGCUGAAGAGGAGCAAAAGAGGAAAAACGGAGAAAACAGUUUCAAGCGGAUUGGGCCCCCGGCAGAGAAGCCUGCGGAGAAAAUCCCACGGAUCGAAGCCAUCCCCCGGCCGGUCCCGCAGAACCUUCACCACCAAAUGCCCCCUUACCCGUUUGUGCACCCUGCCUACCCGCUGAACAUGCCCCCCGUCCGCCCGCUCUACAACAACAUUGGCCACAUCAACAUGGGGCCCAUCCCUGCCCCUUACGUGCCCCCCCUGCCCAACAUGCGGGUGAACUACGACUUCCCCCAGGUGAACCUGCCGCUGGAACACAACCUCCCCAUGCACUUUGGCCCACAGCCGCGGCACCGGUUCUGACCCGGCUCAGGGCGGCGCCAGGACUUUGGGAAGUCUCUGCAGGGAAAGUCCACACACUGGCUGACGCAGCCCGCCCCUCCCUCUCUUCUCCACUUUUCCAAUAAACUGCAAGCGCUGAACACGCUCCUGGGCACCCCUCCGGUCUUCUCGUCCCCCAAGGCGAGAUCAGCGCCUUUGCUGCCCAGGCUCUGUUGCGGGAAGCGGAAGGGAGGGGAGGCUUGCCCUGGCGCCCUUUUGCUCCUGCCGCUUGUCUAGGAAGGAGGUUCUCUGCUCAUUGGGGGGGGGGUGCAGGGGGCCUGUUUGGCAAGAGGCAGCGACGACUUGGACCCACGUGCCAAAACCACAGUUUCUCUUGCCUGCCCAAACGGUGCUGAGAGCGGGAAAGAAUUGGGUGGGAGGUUCAGCUCUGGCCGGCUACAGAUCUUGACCGGUUUGGUUGACGGGCAAAUUAAACCAUUGGUGGGAAACUACCGAGGCAAGCAGAAGUUGGCAGAGGCAGUUGCCCCCUCUUAGGAUGCGUGAUGCACCAGAUUGGCAGCUUCUGUGGCCCUCAGGUCAGGAAGAAACCCCAGCAGAGCUCUUCCCACCACAACGAUCUUGUGCUUUUGGCACAGGAGUCAAGACGGUGGGUUGCGGCCAACUAAGUCCUACUCAAGAGUAGACCCGUUGAAACCAGUGAACCUAAGUUUGCCGUGUCCAUGAAGUUCAGUGGCUCCACUUUGAGCAGGACUAGCUUUGGCUGCAACCCAGCCUCCCCAAACUCAGUGGGUUGGUGGGUCGGGCUUUUCAAAGAGAUGUCAGAGGCCUCUGAUUCUUCCGAGGUGCCAAACUGAGGACUUGCUGCCACUCAGCGCAGCUCAAUGUAACGGGAGACCACAUCUGUUUAAAAUGGACGCGGCUUCCGUGGCUGGAACAGUUCUCGAGUGUGUGAGCCAAACCUCUGGCUUAGCAGUGGUACGGGUUUGGGGUGUGUCGCUCCUACGACUGCUUCCAGCUGGGCCUUGCAUUGCACAUGGAAAGCCUUGUGGGUUGAAUCCUGGUACAGCUGCAGGGAGGGCGGUGUGGGUGGUGACGUGUCUGGAAUCCUUGGAAGGAAACGGGUGAGCGCCAGCUGGCUUCACAGGCCAGCCUCUGCCUCCUCUGGUGUUGUGGUCGGUGUGCUUUGCUGUUUGGGGUCUUCAGCGUGUUGGGAGUACCUGCUCGUUGACUUGUCUAGUUGUGGUCUGAAGCACUCUUGGGCACCUUGCAGGCUUGGAGGUUUCCUUACGAGUCUAGGAAUCCCCCCUGUGCACUUGCAAGGCAUUUCCAGCUCCUAGAAGAUCGCAAAGUUGCUCCUUGUUAAUGGGGGCAGGGCAUCCGUGACCCAAGCGUUCCUGGGCACUCUGCGUAUGUGCAAAGGCUUCCUUGGACUCUUGAGCCGCUGACCCACCGCACUCAGCUCUGGAAACCUUCAGCCUGAAGCUUUCCAGUUGGAUUAUUCCAGGCAGGGCUGGAAGAGGGUUUGUUGGUCUCCAGCUCCCAUGCCCAGUGGGAUGAUGGGAGUUGUAGUCCAGCAGCCUCCGGAGGACCACCAUGGAUCCCCCACCCUUGGCUUAAGGGCUGUUUUGUACCAUUCAUGUGCACACGGACAGUUGUGCCGGGACAUCCUGAUGCCGUGUCCAUGUGUGUUGAAAGAUGUGCGUGAGGACCUUGCAACCCAUUUUUGUUUUGGGGAUUUCUGGUGCGCUCACAGUGGUUGUGUUGGCCGUGCAGAGUGCGGGGCUGCCCAGAGCCACCAGCGCUCAGAGGCAAAGCUCAACUUCCGGCAAGGAGCUUUGAUGUUUUUGCCAGCCUGGGCUGCAGAUUCGCCCUGGCACGUGCCAAGGGCCCUGGGUGCCUUUACCAAGGUGGCCAGAGCCGUCCUAGCACUGACCGAGCAGAUCCCUGCCCACCAAAAGCAGGCCCUGGCCGUGGCAUUUCCCUGUUGUUGGGCUACUGUGUUCUCUCCCCCUUUGCUUUGACCAGCUCACAUGAAGUUUACCGUUUGUUAUCUCUAAUCCGUAGCAUUUUGGACUUGAGUGAAGGUAGUUGGGAACAGGCAGAGGUGCAGUUAAAGCCGGCUGCUGCUGUUGCCUUAGUACGACCGGAGACCUUUCGUUGCCGUUUGCUGGACCCGUGAGGCCCUGGGCCUUUCCGCUUCUUCCCAUUUUCUGCGCUGACUCUAGUUCACAGCCUCCGUUCAUUUCAGGCUGCUUCCUGUAGAGAUGGAGACUUGGGUGGCGGCAGCUCCUGCGAGCCAGAGAUUGGAAGCUCAGCUGUUGCUGUUCCAGUGGGUUUCAAAAGACAUUUAGAAUGGAUGGGAUGGCCUAUUCCUCCACCCCACCCCCACUUGGUGCCCCUUUCAAUGAGGUCUUUUAUUUGGACGGGUCUUCCUCUUGAUAGACUGAAACGCUCCUUAGCCUCUGCCUCCCAUCAUUCUCGUGCUUUGAGUAAAAUCAUUCUUUAAUUGGGGAUAAUCCACCUCUCUUGGGAAAUUGAGGCAUUUUGACUCGAAGGAGGGUGCCUUUUUUACUGCAUCUGAAACUAAAACACACUUUCCUCAUUCUUUGCUUGCCCACGAGCAAUGGAGGAAACCUCUUGGGGUCCAUGCUGACUUAAAAAAUGAUGAUUUUUGGCCUUGCUCAUUUUGAUGUGUAAGCCUGAAGCGAAGACCUCCUUAGCCUUUGAUCACAAACAGAGAUGCCAAGGUCCAGCUCCUGACACUUCUUGGACAGCCUUGUUCAAUUGCGUGGAAGGGUGCCCUUUAGCAUUUCCCCUUUCUCUUUGCAACUUGUUGCUGGGGUUGCGUGACUUCACCCUAAACAAUGAGCCGCCCCAUCCCUUGAAGCGGAUUUUGGUCCUCGAUCUCUUCCCGUGUUAACACCACCACGUUGGGGAGAAAGGGCAGCCAUCUGCAGGUGGCCAGGAUUCCCUUUCUUGCGGGUAUUCCAGGAUGAAUCUUCGCUUUGGUUAGAUGUUGAUUACCUUUUCCAAGCUUCGCAAGGGGAGAGCAUCACCUCUUUGCGGGGUUUUUUUUUAUGAACUUUGGCCAAGGAAACUUUGCCAAGCCUGUGUGUCUGACAUGGGAGAGCAUUGCCCCCGUGCCACUGUGACGCAGCGUGAAAGCCGGCUUCUCCCUGUGGUGGUCUGCUUCUGCAGACAAGGCCUCUCAUGACAGAACGCUUCUCUCCUCAGUUGUUUUUUUUAAAAUCCAUGCAUGCAUAAAGCUAGCAAGCUCAAGGAUUCUGGCCUGGCCACUUCCCCCUGCUGUGUUAUUUUCCUGCAUAGGGGGAUUU